CCACUCAGGUCUGGUAAAUGUAUCUGAAUCAGGGUGAUCCCUCCUCUCCUCCCUCUCUCAGAUCAGUCCUCUGACAUAAAGCGGACAGUCGCCCACAAUAACCGGCUCUAUAGCAGCCUCUGGCUUAUCUCAUGUCGGCGGAUCGCCCCCGGUACCGUCCCGUACCGGCUGUUCCCCCUCUAUCAUCUGAAUCACACACACACGAUAGAUGCGGUCGUGUUUUACUUUGUUUGCUUCCAAAGAGGACCCGUAUCUCUCACAUCUUUCCCCCGGAUCUUUGUUUCUGGACGCCAGGCUGCGGCUGCGUAAUGCCCCGCAGCAGCAGCAGAUGUGUUGAGCGACUCAGGUAAUAGCAGUACCCUUCCACAGUGAGCCCGGCCUGAUGCUGAGAUCCCCACAUUCAUGAGAAGGCAACAGGAAGCAGAUCACUGAGGGAUUAAACAUAUUUAUGCACAUGCACACAUCGAGAGUACCACAAUUCAGGGUUUUGACCGCUGCCCAACUGUGGAUCUCACACUGAAUGAUCUUGUCUGACUGACUGACUCCAGUAUCAUGGAAGAAGAGGAGGAGCUGACAGAGUCUCAUUGAAUUUAACUCACAUAACCCCGCCUACAUUUCUCCUGUCUCACUAUCGAAGGCUUUGCCUGGUCAAUGAGGAUUACAGAUUUUUAACAAACACAGCAGAGAGAGAGAGAGAGAGAGAGAGAAAGAGAGAGAGAGAGAGAGAGAGAGAGAGAGAGAGAGAGAGAGAGAGAGGGGAGUGCAGAGCCGACCAUCCGCCUGCUGCUGUCCCAUGAUGCAUCUACACAUCUAAGUGCAGGAUCAGCCACACAGAGGGCUGUUUCUAUGGAUACCCCUGCCCUUGGUAGUAUUAAUAAGACUCACUGAUAUCCUGCCUAUCUGCGCGUGAAAAAAUACGGUGAAAGAUAGGAUGUGCAUCCGUGCAGCAGACUACAGUGUCAAAUAACAUCUUUGGAGCAGAGAAGAGGAAUAUCUUGAAGGAAAUUAUUUUUUAUUUUUAAAGAUGUACUGUAGAUGCUCUACACUCCUUGUCCCAAACACCUCAGAGGUUGUUUUAAAUGUAAUACCUAGUAGAUUAUCAGCUGGUUCAGUAAAAGGGUGAUUUAAUACGAAUCUGCCCACACAGGACCAGAAGAGAGGGUGAAGAUGAUGCACAAAUACACUUUUUAGGCCUGAAGGAAAUAUCUUUGUAAUAGCCUACUGAGUACAGCUCAACAUUCUGGAUAAAAUAAUCCUACUGAAAGUUGUGUGGGCCCCUACAACUUCCACCUCACCAGACUAGUUGUGGCACUGCAUUUGGAUCUUGUCUACAUGAGAGCAGACAUCUACAUGCUCCAGCUACCUAUAAAGAUCAGGUCUUUAGUUAAGGUUCUGGACUCACCAGCAAGAUGUAACAUGAUGUAUGCAUAAGACAAUAGCAAAGCACUUUAAUAGAUAUUGUGGGGAACCAUUAAGCUUGAGGUACCUGGAAUCAUCUGUCCCUAACACUUCCAGACUGAGCUAUCAUGGCUAGACAAGACACCCCCCUCUUCCUCCAUGGUUUUGACCUAGGUGGUCACUUUGUUGACCUUCGACCUCUCGGCACGGGUGUUACAGGCCUGGUCCUCUCAGCUGUGGAUGAGCGUAGCAGACAGCGUGUGGCCAUCAAAAAGCUGGUGAUGCGUGAUGCCUUGACGGUGAAGCACGCUUUGCGGGAGGUCAAAAUCACCCGGCGGCUGCACCAUGAAAAUGUAGUGAGCGUUAAUGAGGUUUUGGCGCCAUAUGGACUACCACUGCCCAGAGACCCGACCCAGCUGAGUGCGCUGUACAUCGUCCAGGAGUGCAUGGAGACGGAUCUGGCUCGGCUGCUGGAACAAGGACCCCUUCCCACAGGUCACGCUACUCUGCUGUUCUACCAGCUCCUGAGGGGACUGAAGUUCAUCCACUCAGCUAACGUCUUGCACAGAGAUCUGAAGCCUGCCAACAUAUUCAUCAACACGGACCAACUGCUGCUCAAAAUUGGAGACUUCGGGCUGGCCAGGAUAGUUGACCCUCAUUAUUCUCAUAAGGGCUAUCUGUCCAAGGCUCUGGUAACUAAGUGGUAUUGUUCCCCACGUCUGCUCCUGUCCCCCAACAACUAUACCAAGGCCAUCGACAUGUGGGCCGCUGGCUGCAUACUGGCUGAGAUGCUCACUGGACGCAUGCUGUUUGCAGGAGCUCAUGAGCUGGAGCAGAUGCAGCUGAUUCUCAACACAGUACCGGUACUGAGAGAGGAGGACAGGCAGGACCUGCUACAGGUGAUGCCUUCAUACGUCAGUUAUGGAUGGAGAGUCAGGAAACCCUUUUCUGCAUUGCUGCCUGAAGUGGAUGCUCAGGCUGUUGACUUCCUUGAGCGUAUUUUGACCUUUAACCCCAUGGAUCGGCUGACAGCUGAAGCAGCGCUGUCCCAUCCCUUCUUCCAGCAGUACUCCUGUCCAGAGGAUGAGCCCACUUCAUCACAUCCCUUCCGCAUCGAGGACGAACUGGAGGACAGCCUUGUCACUGAGCAGAGCCUCAGCAACAGCAACAGUCAGGCCUGCAGCAUCCACUGGGAGAGGUACGAGAACAGUUUAUCAACAGAUAUGUCCUGGCAGCAGUCAGACACAAGGUGUCACUGCAUGCCCCCUGGCCACAUCACCUCCUACCUGGAAGACACUGCAGAGGAUGAGGAGGUGCAGAGAGACCCCCGGGCCAGUUCCACACUGUUAGAGGAGGCUCAGGUCGACCCACGCAAAUAUUCCCACAGCAGCUCAGCUGAACGCUUCCUGGAAAACUCUCACUCCUCUCUGGAUCGGGCCUGUGGUUUGGGGUAUGGGGAACUGGACUGUGGCCACUCCUGUGACUACAAAGUGGGCUCUCCUUCAUACCUGGAUAAAAUUGCCUGGAGGGAGGGCAAGCCUCAACACUACUCGGAGCCUAAGCUGAUCCUGGAUCUUUCUCAUUGGAAGCGUAACACCAAUAGCCUCCCUGUGCCUGCUGAGCCUAUUGGUGACAGCGUGGAGGACCUUGGAGAGAUGAAAGAGGAGGCAGCAAAAGAGGAGGAAGAGGAGGAGACGGGGGAUUUAUUCCAGGAGAUCUCUCGCUGGGUGGAGAGUACCCAGUCUCGCCUGCUCUCGCCCAGUCCCAGUCCUUCUUUGGAGCCACGUUCACCCUCCUGCUACACCUCCUCUCCCCCUCUGCCUCUCUCCCCGACUGACCUUCCAGCUCCAGUCUUCCACUACACUGAAGUUGUACAGCAAACAUCAGCUGAAUAUGAUGAAGACAGACUGAGCCCACUUCAACCUGUCACGUCUUCCUUUAACUCCCUUCCAUCACUUCUUCCCUCAUCUCCCACAUCUCCGUUCCCCCCUCAGUCACCUCAAACAGUGUCUCCCCCUACCUCGCCACUUUUUCCUUCCCCAGAAUCGCAACCCCUUUCCUCUACUUCCUCCAUUUCUCAGCCAGUAAAUGAUGACUCCUUGGAGUCACUUCCUGUCAAGCAGAAAGAGCGGCUGUUCGACCUGGACGUGUUCAUAUCCCGAGCACUGAAACUGUGCAGGCAGAAUAAGGAGAAAGCAGACGGGAAGAAAGGGCAAGAGGGGGGAUGGAGGGAAGAAAGCAAACAGCCAAACAUUAAUCUAAAGGUUCCCAGGCUUCCAGAGCACAGGCCUCCACCACCGCAGACUCCCAACUCUUGAUGUUGAAUUUCAACUUCAGGUCCACCACAGUAUAGCAUCAUAUGGGUAGCACUUCCAAAUUCUCAUAGUGCUUUACAGAAUGAGGGGUGUCCAUGGUUGAAUAUGCUGCUUAAACAUUAGACCUUAGUGCUAGCAGUCUUUUUGUUACUAUUGCUAUGACACACUACACGCUGUGACUAAAACCCUCACUUAAACAAGCAAUCCUGCUGCUUUGUCAAGAGGUGCUCUCAGGCAAUAAGAGGUCAAAAAGCAUUUGGGUUCAAAAUGAAUAGCUUAGCAUUGCAAAUACCAAGGGUUUGUUCUGGGAAUAUUUAAAAAUAAUCAGCUAAUUAAUGAUUGUGGUAUUUGUGGUUUACUGUCAUUUGUCAUCUUAAAGAUGUCUCCAACAAGAGUUACCCAGGCUAUCGUGUACUGGAUAACAGUAACCCACUGGAGAGGGAUCACUUGGUUUGUUUUAAGUUUGCUUUAGAUUUGUGUUUCUAUACAAGAUCCCUUGCUGUCAGUCAGUCAUUAAUGUUUUCAAAAUCUGUCUUCCAAUGGUGAUGUUCACUGAAUAAUGAUAAUCACACAGGAAAUGCUUUUUUUCCAAGCUGAAUGUAUUAACUGAAAAAUAAUCAGUCAAAUUAUACUACGUGGUGAACCAUGAGGAUAUUAUUUGUUGCUAUCUUAACACUCACAGUGACUUAAUGAGCUACGUCACUGCUACAUGCCUUGUAAACUUGUAUUUCAUAUUUUAAUAUGUCAUAUUUAGUUCUAUAAUAUAUUUCUAAAGACUGUUGUUAAUAUUCUUUUGUCCAAAGUAAUUUUGCUGAAUGCUUGGGCACAAUUUUUUGUUUGACAUGAGUUGUAUUUAGUUUAAAUGUGGAAUGCUCUAUCGUAAUAAUUUAUGCUCUAGUUCAAUCGUAAAUAGUUUCAAAUCAUGUCUGUCUGAUGCACCAAACAAGGUAAUCCUCUGCUGUACACUCACUGAAAUAUCUGUGAAUGUACCAGGCAACCAGCUAUCUGUUAUCAUUCUGCUCACUUGUUAGCCACAGAAAGCUAUAAUGCAAACAACAGCAGCCUAUAUUUUGGAAAAUGUAUAUCCUUUACAACCUUUAUAGGAAAUUCUUUGUACUCAAAACUCCUCAAUGCUACCCAGUCACCAUAGUAAUAAUCACCAUAUUAAUACUUUUCUAUCCAACAAGGAAGACAGUAGACCAUCAGAAUGUUAUGUAUUCUGGCAUUUGAUGUCUUCCCUCCAAGGUAACAAAAUCAAGUAAAAGAGACAGUCAGAUGUAUGUUCUAAACAGAUGAAGGCUGUUGGCUUGUGCCUCGUACUUUCUCAAUCAAUCACAUCUGACAUUCACUUCACUCGUCAAACUAAAAAGCUGAUAGUGAGCAUAUGGAAAUUUAAACUAUUCUGCUAAAUCCAUGUUAUUCUUUAACCUAGAAGAAAUACAUUUCCACCAUCCCUGGUUUCACUAUUUGGCAUGUAAUGCUCUGCUGUGGGUGUACGACAUGUAAACAGUGUAUGGGCUGGUCCGACUGUUGGGAAUGCCAGAGGAAUAAUACUGAUAUGCAUAAAACACACUGCCAUGUUGUAUCUGUUCAAUGAUAUUUAGUCAAACAUCUGAUACCCAUUCCGACUAAAUUAACUUCCAGUCUGUUAGCAACAAGUCUUUCAUACUCUCUUACAUAUUCAUUUUAAUCCUAUGUCCACACACAGAACACUAGGAAGGUGAUAGUGUGGCUUGAUAGUGUGGUGUUGAUAGUUGAGUUGAGUUGAUAGCCACCUUCCCACAAUGCAGCCACUGUAUAUGUUUCUCUGCUGUUAACAUUUGUUAACUGUUAAUGCUUAUGUGAAGUUGAUCUAAAAAUGUUGAUCUCCACAUACACAGGUUGUGAGCAGAUCAUCGCUUGCACAACAUAGUACGAGCCAUACUUAAAAAAAUGCUAACAGUACAACCUAUGAGCCAGGUAUAUUGUUUUACAGUUACAAUAGACAUGAAGCACAUUUAGAGUCACUAGCACAUUCAGAAAUGCAAGUUUUACUCAGCGACUACUGAAACUCCACUACUGUCAAUGUUGAUUUUUGUCAAUAAUGUACCUCUAAGGUAUUAACCAUAUCUGGGUUGGAUUGCUGGACUAACUGAAGAAGUGUUCAAGUAAAGAAAAGGUGCAAAUUGUCCAUUUUCUGAUCCAGAGCCAUUUAUUUAUUUAUACAAAAUAGAAGCUAUGCUGUAAUCAAACUAACCUAUACAGGUAUAAUGAUCACAUUUAGCAUUAUAUAGUUUCCUCUGCAGGUAUCCUAAGCAAGCAAUAACUUCAUUGACAAAUAACACAAACAUAUUGUAACACAUUUGGUUACUGAGCCGAAGUCAAUUAUUUAACGUGUGAAAAUUUUUUCGAAAACGUGCCUCGAUGCUUCCAGCUUGCUGACUGUAACAUAUCCUCUCCCUUCUCCGUGGCUUUCACAUUAUUCAAAUAGCUUAAAUGUUGUUGAUUUUAUUAUGCGUCACUUUUUUGGACAGCAUAUUUCAGUGUGCUUUUUUUUCUUUUGUACUAUAUGGAGGCCUCAGCUUUAGUAUUUGAGAAAAGCUGUAAGGUUUUUAAAUGCUCGAUAUUGAUUGAUAGUAUUGAUUCUGUUUUUGCUGAAGAAUUAAUAAAAAAAUACUUAUUAACUAUUA